AUGCCUUCCACUGCCUCGAAUUCCAAUGACAUAAUAACCACGGACCGAUUAUUGUUACGCGCAGCUCGCCAAAGCGACCUUGACGACUUCCAUGCAAUCUUCAGCAACGACGACGUUAUGCGCUAUUGGUCCAAUCCCCCACACACUGAGCUUUCUCAGACAAAAGAAUAUCUCAUGAUCAUGAUCAAUUCUCCCAACAACGGCAUCAUCGACUUCGUCAUUGUUCUCCGGCCUACUACGCCAUAUUCAGGACAAUUGGAAAAUGAAGGGCCUGUAAUCGGCAAAGCAGGGGUCUGGUCUCCCGCUUCGCAUCCCAAGCCGGAACUUGGCUUCAUGAUCAAUCGCGACUAUUGGGGUAAAGGAUACAUGAAAGAAGCGUUGGGGGCCCUGAUACCACUUGUGUGGGAGCAAGGCAUUACGAUGAUGCAGGUAGACGUGGAUCCCCGGAACGAUGCUAGUAUAGCGACGUGUAAAAAGUUUGGAUUCGUGGAAGUUGGGACCGAAGAGAACACUGUGAAGACGCACUUGGGAUGGUGUGAUAGUGUGUUUUUACAGCUUGAGAGGCCCGAGGAAGGGGUCGAAGGGGGCAAUGGGCGAGGAGAGUAG